AGUAGGCAAGAGUAAAUGUCGCGGGUGUUUUACGUCGGCACAAUCAGCUGAGCGAGCUGUACUGCUACGUCGACAUAUAACAACAAACAACUACUGUACUUAGCUAGCUAUCUUUGAACUACUGAGAUAUAUAAUUUAAAAUGCUCAUUUAUUUCAAGGAUGAUGCCUAGCUGCUAGAUAUGUCAUAAGAAUUGCAGCCAGUACUUGUGCGAUGGUGUUUAGCUACGUUUUUGUUAGCAGCUUGAGCUAGCUGUCUUGCUAACAUGUUCAGUUUGAUGCACCCUGUAAACUUGUUUGUCUUUGCAUUGUUAAUGACAAUACCCAAUGCUGUCGGCUCUUCAUAUGAGAUCACAGUGGAUGUCGGAAAGCCAUCAGGAAAUCUGAAACAUUUCUGGAGGAGCACUGGUUUCUGGUAGGCUGAUGCACCUUUUUGAUUUAGUUCAGAGUCAUGUCGUGAAAUCUUGUGACUAUGCUACCUUUCAUGGCUACUUUCUGUUAGUCAAUGAGCACUUUGCAACAGUGUUAUUUUUUUAAAAUUCAACUAAAACAAUACCUUAUUUCAUUAAAAUAAGGGCAGGACCACAUACAAAACACCAAUUGGUCAUAGGCUAUUCUGUAUUUAUUAAGGAUACCCGUUAGCUGCACUCUUCCUGGGGUCCAGCAACAUUAAGGCAGUUAUACAAUUUAAAAUCUUACAUUUCAUAACACUUUUCACAACACAUUAAGUGUGUUCCCUCAGGCCACUAAUCUACUAUCAUAUAUCUACAAUACAAAAUCCAUGUGUACAUGUGUGUAGAGUGCAUGUAUUAUCAUGUGACUAAAAUGUAAAUGUAAAUGUGUAUGUGUGUCUAUGCCUGUGUGAGUGUCUCUUCAUAGUGCCCGCUGUUCCAUAAGGUGUAUUAUCUGUCUUUUGAAUCUGAUUGACUUAGGUAAACACAGGGAUUCCCAAUGGGGCAACCACAGAGCAGGCUCAAUUUGCCUGACAACUCAGUUCAUUGUAAACACAUGCUUUCUACCCCUCUCCAGCCCCCCUCUUCCACACACCCAGUCCAACCAGUAUGACCUGAGCAGGGACCAGGAGCUGAACCUGGCCUACGUGGGCUCUGUCCCCCACCGGGGGAUUCAGCAGGUUCGGAUCCACUGGAUGCUGGAGCUGAUCACAGCACAGUGAGUAUGGGGAUGCCUGCUUUAGGGCCUUGUGGUGGGUUAGUAAAUCAAAUAUGUAAAUGUGAGGUGACCUUUGUAUGUUGUAUAUCCCAUUGUGAUAUGUCUCGUUAAUCUAAUUUAAAGUAUUGUUUUGUAGCAUUGACAAAGGAGAACUCCAGUACAACUUUAGCCAACUGGACCAGCUGAUUGACCUCUUGUGGAUAAAUGGACUACUCCCAGGUACAGUAGUUUAAACCAUCUGGUCUGGUCAAAUUAUAUAUAUACAGAAUAAAAGUAUAAACACAACAUGCAACAAUUUCAAAGAUUUUACAGAGUUACAGUUCAUGUAAGGAAAUCAGUCAAUUUAAAUAAAUUAAUUAUGCCCUAAUCUAUGGAUUUCACAUGACUGGGAAUACAGAAAUACAUCUGUUGGUCACAGAUACCUUUAAAAAAAAAGUUGGGGUGUGGAUCAGAAAACCAGUCAGUAUCUGGUGUACCCACCAUUUGCCUCAUGCAGCGCGACACAUCUCCUUCACAUAGAGUUGAUCAGGCUGUUGAUUGUGGUCUGUGGAAUGCUGUCCCACUCCUCUUCAAAGGCUGUGUGAAGUUGCUGGAUAUUGGCCGGAACUGGAACACACUGUUGUACAUGUCGAUCCGGAGCAUCCCAAACAUGCGCAAUGGGUGACGUGUCUGGUGAGUAUGCAGGCCAUGGGACAUUUUCAUCUUCCAGGAAUUGUGUACAGAUCCUUGCGACAUGGGGUCAUGCAUUAUCAUGCUGAAACAUAAGGUGAUGGCGGCGAAUGAAUGGCAAGACAAUGGGCCUCAGGAUCUCGUCACGGUAUCGCCAUGCAUUCAAAUUGCCAUCAAUAAAAUGCAAUUGUGUUCAUUGUCCAUAGCUUAUGCCUGCCCAUACCAUAACCGCUCACCCACACGACGCCAUCUGCCCGGUACAGUUGAAACCAUGAUUCAUCCGUGAAGAGCACACUUCUCCAGCGUGCCAGUGGCCAUCGAAGGUGAGCAUUUGCCCACUGAAGUCGGUUACAAUGCCAAACUGCAGUCAGGUCAAGACCCUGGUGAGGACGACGAGCACGCAGAUGAGCUUCCCUGAGACGGUUUCUGACAGUAGAAAUUCUUCGGUUGUGCAAACACACAGUUUCAUCAGCUGUCCGGGUGGCUGGUCUCAGACGAUCCCGUAGGGGAAGAAGCUGGAUGUGGAGGUCCUGGGCUGGCGUGGUUACACAUGGUCUGCAGUUGUGAGGCCGGUUGGACGUACUGCCAAAUUCUCUAAAACGACAUUAGAGGCAGCAUAUGGUAGAGAAAUUAAUAUUACAUUCUCUGGCAACAGAUCUGGUGGACGUGCCAAUUGCAUGCUCCCUCAACUUGAGACAUCUGUGGCCUUGUGUUGUGUGACAAAACUGCACAUUUUAGAGUGGCCUUUUAUUGUCCCCAGCACAAGAUGCACCUGUGUAAUGACCAUGCUGUUUAAUCAGUUUCUUGAUAUGCCACACCUGUCAGGUGGAUGGAUUAUCUUGGCAAAGGAGAUAUGCUCACCUACAGGGAUGUAAACAAAUUUGUGCACAACAUUUGAGAGAAAUAAACUUUUGUGCGUAUGGAACAUUUCUGGGAUCUUUUAUUUCAGCUCAUGGAACAUGGGACCAAAACUUUACAUGUUGUGUUUAUAUUUUUGUUCAGUAUAUGCUUUCUCAGUAGUGUUUUUCUCUGACUAUGAAUAUGGUUCAGAUUGAGUUUUGUUUCUACUUGUUUUUUGCAGGUUUUGAAUUGAUGGGCAGUGUGAACAACUACUUCACCAACUUUGAGGACAAAAUACAAGUGGUGGAGUGGAGAAACCUGGUGCAUCUCAUUGCAAAGAGGUAUAUUGGUGAGUAUACUGUUCAGUGACAGGGGAACACACAGUUACCUAUGUCAUCUUAUGGAUCAUAUGAAUGGUGUACUCCACUAACACUAUUCAUCCUGAAUUACAGAGAAAUAUGGCUUGGGAAGUGUAUCUCUGUGGAACUUUGAAACAUGGAAUGAACCGAACAAUCAUGACUUUGACAACGUCACUGUGUCUAUCCAAGGUAAAAAACAAUUAUUCCGACAGGUGGCAUCAGUCCUGUACCAUCAUGCUUUUUGUAAGGAAUGAAAGAAAGCAUAAUAUAAUCUCAUAUGAUGAAUAAUAAUUUGUAUGUAGUCUGUAUUUGGUCUGUAUCUCAGCACCCACUAGAGACUAUUGGUCUGCUUCCACCUCCAGGGUUCCUGAACUACUAUGACGCCUGUUCUGAGGGCCUGCGGGCUGCCAGUAGUGCCCUGCGCUUCGGCGGUCCAGGAGACUCCUGCCACACCCCACCACACUCCCCCUACUGCUGGUCCAUGCUGCAGCACUGCUACAAUGGCACCAACUUCUUCACUGGGGAGACAGGGGUGCGGCUGGACUACAUCGCCCUGCACAAAAAGGUGGGACUGGGACUAUGUGGUGUGUGUGUAAACUGCACACCUUCAUUACUCUCUUUUAACCAUCAUUCUGUCUGACUCUUGUCUCCUAACAAGAUAAUAGUGCUUAAUCCUGACAAUUGAAGCACUCACAGUUUCAGAAUGAAAACUGGCUUGGGCUUGUGAGACUUAUUUCAGGGUGGAGGCUAUUCGUUACCCAUCAUGGAACAGGAGAUCCAGACAGUAAGAGAGAUCCAGGAGCAUUUCCCUCUCUUCCGAACUCUGCCGGUUUACAAUGAUGAGGCCGAUCCAUUGGUGGGCUGGUCCAAACCUCUGGUGUGGAGGGCUGAUGUGACAUAUGCAGCCAUGGUGGUCAAGGUAUGAAACAGUCAACUGACUUGUCUGUUGUCUGUCUUGAUUGCUAUGUCCUAUGACCACCAGGUUUGGGGUCAAUUCCAUUUAAAUUCAGGAAAUACAUUUAAAUUCCAAUUCCAAACUUUGAAAUGCAUUAAGGAACAUUGGAAUUGGAAUUUCAGUAUAUUGUACUUAUUGAAUUGACUGUAUUGAAAUUAAAUUGACCCAAACCCUGCUGUCCACUAGGUGAUCUCCCAACACCAGGACCUGCUGUUGUCUUACCAGAACAACACCAUCAACUACACCCUGCUGAGCAAUGACAACGCCUUCCUCAGCUACCACCCUCACCCGUUCACCCAGCGCACCCUGACGGCCCGCUUCCAGGUCAACAACACCCAGCCCCCCCACGUCCAGCUGCUCAGGAAGCCUGUACUGACCGUCAUGGGGCUGCUCGCUCUGCUAGGUGAGGCUAUCUCCUGUACUGACCGUCAUGGGGCUGCUUGCUCUGCUAGGUGAGGCUAUCUCCUGUACUGACCGUCAUGGGGCUGCUCGCUCUGCUAGGUGAGGCUAUCUCCUGUACUGACCGUCAUGGGGCUGCUCGCUCUGCUAGGUGAGGCUAUCUCCUGUACUGACCAUCAUGGGGCUGCUUGCUCUGCUAGGUGAGGCUAUCUCCUGUACUGACCAUCAUGGGGCUGCUUGCUCUGCUAGGUGAGGCUAUCUCCUGUACUGACCAUCAUGGGGCUGCUUGCUCUGCUAGGUGAGGCUAUCUGCUUUCUGACUGUCCAAACCUGUGUUGACCCUUCUAGGUAACUCUCAGUAGUUAUUUUCAAUAGCUGUUGUCUUUUCUUGUAGUGAUAGAACUUUAUAGAACAGUUCUUGUUAGUUUUUUCCACCACAGAAUUUAGGUGGGACUGAAUCUGUCUACACAGAUGUUAUGACUUUAUUAAAUUGAAUGAAGUUGAUAUUAGUUUUAUUAUUGUUUUAUAAAAAGGAGAGACUCAGGUACUGGCUGAGGUUGUGGAGGUUGGGGGGACCGACAACAGCACUGUGGGGGUCCUUGCCAGCACCCAUGACCCCCUCAUGUCUUGGACCUCUGACAGCUGGCAGGCCACUGUGCUGAUCUACAACAGCGAUGACAACAGCACAUCCACCACAACAGACUUCAUUAGGGUCUCUCUCAAAGGAUUCACAGGACGGAAAGGUGGGUGUCGACGAAUGUCUCCGAAUCAGGACAUAUGUAUAUACUCAACUUUAAGGGCUUCUUUGAUGUUGCAAACAAAAUUGCAGUUGGAUUAGAACUCAUUUUACAGUAUGUUGACAUACUCAGUACCGUAAGUAUUGGAUUUAACCUGUGUUACUAGAUGAGCAAAAGAGUGACUUCAACUUCAGCAGUUUCAUGAAUUAUGAUUGUGAUUUUGACUUUAGGACUUUUGUAUGUGAAAUAUUACCUGGACAACAAUGUGACCAACCCAUUCCAGCUGUGGCAGAGCAUGGGCAGCCCAGACUACCCCACAGCAGAGCAGUUUAGACAGCUGAGGAACAUGGAGGUACAAAGAAAAACACUCUUCCAUUAAAAUAACAGAUUCUUCUCUCAAAUAACUAGUCUCACUCUCAACAAGUAAGCUUGUAUUUCAGUCAAUCACAUAUAUUCCUCUUCAUUUUAAGUGACAGCAAUGUAUGAACAUGGUCAGUUUUUUAUGGAAUGAACUACAGCCAUUGUAGCUGAGCUGAAUGUUUUGUGUUGAUUUGACCCCAGGAUCCUCAGGUGGAUGGACCUCUGCCCUUCCCUGCUGAGGGCAUCCUGACCAUGCGGGCCAAGCUCUAUGUGCCCUCUGUCCUCCUCAUACAUGUGUGUGCCCAGCCGAAGGCCACGCCAGACCAGGUCAGUGCCACCAGCUGACAUGGGCUUUGAUGACAGUAUAAUCCACACCUUGGUGAUUAAUUUCUUUCAUUUCUCAGGGUGGUAUUUUCAUAGUCCUGUUAAAUCAUCAAUACCCUAAUUGUAUUUUAUUGAUCUCCAAUAAGGUGAAUGGAUUGCGAUUCAUCAGCAUCACAAAAAGCCAAGUUAUGAUUGUGUGGAAAGAUCAUUGUGUAAAUUCCAAGUAAGUACUUUUUGGGGGGGAGGGGGAGGCUAUUCUACUUAGUGGUGAGUUGACGAUGGACAUGUUCUAUUUUAUUUGUAGGUGCAUUAAGACAUUUGAGGUGGAGUUCUCCAAAGACCAGGAAGAAUUCAAGAGGGUAAACACCCGGGAUACCAUUUUCACGUCCUAUGUAUAUUCACCAGGUAAGAAUGGUUUAGAAAGUUCGAACUUACUUUUGUGAUCUAAUGCAAUAUGCAAUAGUUGGCCUGUAUUAAGCAUUGUUGAUUCACAUUUGAACAUUUCAUUUGAUUACAGAAAACCUGGAAGUUAGUGGUAGCUACAGAGUACGAGCUGUGGACUACUGGGGAAGAACUGGAGAAUAUUCACUGACUGAGAAAUAUUCAGAGGAAAACUAAAGUCAACUAGUGUUUCCUAUAUGGUACCAUGACUGAAAUGUAGUAUGUUAUUUUUAAAAAUGCUUUUGUACAGUGUUUUUAAAUUUCUACUUUCAGAAAAUAUCAUCGCCAUUAUUGCUGCUCCAAUUUAUUGUUGAUUUAAAACGUCUGAAAUGUUUUUUUUACAUGGAAUUAUUUUUACAGACAUAUUUUGUAAUUUCACAAUCAAUAAGUAAAAGGUUGGUGAUUUAUUUGUUUACCAUUUUGAAUCUUUUUUUUAUGCUCAUGAGACAGUGAUAACAUUAGAAUGCUCA